GCAUUUAUCGUCAGUCUGUUCUCUGGACCGGGAGUUGGGAGUAGAAUUGACCUCACAAAUGUUUAAUUGUUAGAUAAAUUAAGGGAAAACUACAAACAACAAGUAUUGAUCAAAUGAGGGAGAUGAUAAUUGUGGCAAGUGUACUGAUAACACCUUAGGCCUAUACCCAUAGAGAACAGAGAAAAAAGAGACAAUUGUCAUGGAUGUUAUCAACACUGAGAAUUAAACAUGCAUCAGGAUGUUAGCUCCUCAAGCAAUCAACUAAAAACAUCAUAUAUUAACUUUUCCCAACCAUUCCCAAUAUGACAUGGCAUUAUAUAAUGCGUCUUCUUCGACAACGUCUCCGGGAUCUUCUCUUCUUGAUCAGUGCAAUCCUUGUCUUGUUUCUUUAUCUCUCUUGUCAAAAUACGAGCAUUGAGAAUAGAGAAGGAUCGGAUAGUUUGAUGAUUAAUGAUGUUAAGAGCGUUCCUGCUGAGAAUCAUGGAGGAAAUGGAAAUAGAGUGGAAGGAUACAGAAAUAUUUUAGAAGGGAUAGAUUUCCAAGAUGAAGAUGUUGCUAUAUGGGGCAAAGAAAAUGACAAACCAUUGGAAGAAGGCACUGGAGAUAAAAUUGCUGAUGAGAGGAGCCCUUUGCUACUUCAUCUACAUGAGAUUGAAGAUUCAAGAGAUUUGAGGUUUCAAGAUGCAGCAAAGGUAGCUGUUGUAAGAGGAGAAGAUGAUGUUAUUAAACGAGAUCUUCCUUUCUACAAAGAUGCUUUAGAGAAGGAGGGUUUUAAUAUCAUUCUUCAAGAGGAUGAGGACGACACCAAAGUCCUUGAGGAGAUGAAAACAAAUGCAAACUCUGGUGAUAAAGACUGGGAAGGCUGGAUGAUAUUACUCUGUUUAUCUCUGGGUGAGGCUGAUGAAACUGGGUGCCUUCAGAGGUCAUCUUUAUCUAAAUUAGACAAACAUCAAAAGCUUUCAGUAUUUCUUCAGAAAAGAGAGUUUUUAAUUAAUAGAAUACCGGGAAUGAAAGAUGUUCUGUGGAGGAAGGAUGCUUUCUGUUAUACUACAAAUGAAGCUCGUAAGAUUCCAAGUGUAAGAAGAAGUGAUGUAGCUCCAAUGUGUUGGGUAUUACCAGCACAAUUUGAUGAGUUUAUGAUGACAGCUGAUGCUAUGGGUAGUGAUGUAAGAUGGGUCUUUAAACCAACAAAGGGUGGGAUACAGGUCCUUCAACCAACAAGAGAUAAAGAUUAUGAAAGAAUUAAGCAAUAUCGUAGUGAAAGAGCAGUUGUGCAGCAGUACAUACCCAAUCCUCUUCUUAUAUUUGGUUCACCUAUUAAUAUUCGUGCAUAUGUGUUAGUGACAUCAAUCAAUCCAUUGAGAGCUUAUAUUCAUUCUCAAGGAUUAGUAUUCUUCAGACAUGAUUACCAGAAAGGAUUUAGCAAGAUUCCUAGCAGGACAUGGUCCUUAUCUCAAUUCCGACAGUAUUUAUUACAAAGCUAUGGAUCUGAGGUCGCUUACACAGCAUUUCAGAACCUUGAGACUGUGAUAACGGAAACACUUCUAGUAUCAGAGCCAUCACUGGUUACUGAUUUCUCACAGUUCUUCCACCCUUGGGAACAGCCAUAUAGAUGUUCACACUGUUUUCAACUCCUUGGGUUUGACAUCAUUUUCAAUUCUACAUUUCAUCCCAUUAUUAUAGAGGUGACUGGGCAACCACAUCUUCAGUUUAGUGAUGCUGAUCAACAAUGGAAUAGUAAUAUCAUCAAACAAACAACUGUAGAUGAGUCUAUAUCAUUACUAUUUUCUACUAAGAGAGUUGCAAGACAUGUCUCAGAUGUACUUGAUAAGCUUGAUAUUGGAAUUCAGAGAUUCGGAUGCAAUAAAACCAAGUUCUGUUUGACUGAUGGAGAUCUAGACUUCUUACUGAUAUCAAGAAGAGAGCAACUUUCUAUGGGGAGCUUUAAACCACUGUACCCAUCAGCAGACAUUUGGAAGUAUAACCAUCUCAUCCAAGAAAUAGAACAUUUGAAAUCAUCUCACAUCAGACAAGAUGAUACCUUAUCUCCUCCUCCUCCUAUUACACAUUCUACAAGAGAGCUUCAUCCUAUACUUGUUGCUAUGGAAACCAUAUACCAUCAGGAGGACAGGGAAGGGUUAGAUGAAUUAAGAGAUGAUAGUGGUAUACUAGUCAAGAAUAUACAUGGUCUUGAUCAAAGAAGAAGUGAAAUGAAAGGACCAAGGUGUAGUGAAGAUCCCAGUACCAUGCACUUACUCUCUUCCAUCAGAACCUGGCCAUUUCUAAACAUGACCUUUGACCCUCAGCAGACUGAAUAUUAUAUUGAGGUUGCUUAUGAUCAGAUAGUAAUACAGAUUGGAGCAUAUGCAAUGAGCUGUGAUUGUGAGGCUAGGUUAGAAGACAAGUAUGGAGUAGCAAGGCCUGUGAAUUUUACUGUGGGUCUUGGAAAGAAUCGUAUCAGUAUCUUUGUAGUAGACAUCACCCAUUCAACACCAUGGGUCCUUGGUGAAUAUACUCUGUAUAUACAAAGACAUCACUACAGGACCAAUUUGAUAUCCCUUGAUGUUGAAGAUAGACAAGCUGUCUGUACACUAGUCCAGGACUGUGAUUUAUCAUAUCUUUCCCAUCAUAAAUGUGGGCUGAGACUUCUCGUUGAUGUGAGCUGGUCAGAGGUCGUAACCAAGGCAACCGGUCUACCUUUUUGUACCAGUGGCAGUGCACCAGGUCAGUGGCUUGUUCCAUGUGAGAAGUGUUCUGAUGAAAGAUCUUGUGACUGGGAUAAAGCUAAAUGGCAGCCACAUGAUUGUCAACAUAGAGAAUUCAGCCAAUCAGAAGUCAAACAAUGCUUGGCUGGCAAGAAGCUUUUAUUCAUUGGUGACUCUACUAACCGAGGAAUCAUGUAUUAUCUGAUGGAGAGAAUGAAUAGCUCCCUCUAUCAGUGGGAUAAAACACACGACACCAAGCUCUACACCGACCUCAAUGACAAGCAGACAUCAGCUAGUUUUUCUUACUAUCCUCAAUUCUGGUUACCUGUGAAUGAGAGACCUGUAUUUGAGAAGACCUUUAAUCAUCUUCUAAGGAUUGCUGGUCCAUUAUCAAAUGAUUCUAAUACUGUUCUUAUAGUGGGAGGUGUUCAUUGGAUGGCUAUACAUCAUCUUACUGUCAUACAGGAUGUAUUACACAGGAGUGGAUUGAUUGGUAUCAAGAAGUUAGUGAAGAGUUUAGGAGCUGGAUUUCAUCAACCUGUUGAUGGGAUUCAUUGUCUUACUCUAGCUGAGCAGAGGAAAGUAUUACUUCAUAACCAAGGGCUACAGCAAGCUGCAUUUAGAAUGGGAUACAGUUUUAUAGAUACAUUCAACAUGACCAUGGCAAGAUACAAGGAUUUCUUAGAAGGAAAGUGUGCUUGCCAUUUUCAUAAGGUUGAAGAGAUUGACAUUCAGAAAUCACAAGAACAUCCAGAUCUAGAGAAGGUUGAAGGUCAUGGCAUGACUGGACGAUAUCAUGUGACUGGUCAUAUUAAUGCAAUAUAUUCUGAGAUCUUACUUGCACAGAUAUGUGAAGUGGGAUGACCCGAUAGAUAGAGAGGUCAAGGUUCACAUGUAGGAGUCUCAUUAUAUAACUUUUACAAGGUGAGGACAGUAACCUAGUAUUGGACAUAGAGGACAUAUUGAACUAUCUUUUUGACAUGUUCAAGUUCAACAGUUGAAUUAAUCUUAUACAUUUUUUUUCUUUUGUCAGAUGUAAAUGGCAUUUAAAUAUGAUUCCAAGAAUGAUUUGUUUCCAUAUAUUUAGGCCCAUAUCCUGAAGCCCAGUUCAGCUUAGGCCAUGGUUUAACUCUGUGUUAUUUAUUUUAUAUUGUAUGAUUCUUAUAUCUACUAUCUUCUUUCCCCGUGUAUUAAUGGUGAAGAUAUCAUUUAGUUAUUAUUCCAAACAAAGUUUUGAGAGAAUCGAGCACCAAAUGUGCAGAUGAAUUGAACCUGUACUGUUUACAGAUUCAUGUCUUAAUUGGCAUAAUGUUUUAAAUGGAUGCUGUAUUUGAGUAUCAAUUUCAAUUUUAUUGCACAGCAACAUCUCAGUUCAAUUUAUUAUGUGUUGUAUCUCAUGUAUUUCAAAAGCUAGUGAAUUGGCUGUAACCAACUAAGAGAGAAAACAAUGUGUAUAUGAAAACAGAAGAAAUCAUAAAUAAGAUGUGAAAUAGAGAGAGGGGGAAGGGGGAGAUAGAAAUGGAGAAAGAGACACUCACAUGUUUUGAUUUGAAAGGGGAGUGACUAUGGGAGGGGGGCUGGAGGAAGGAGAUGGAAUGCAAAGUGCAAUGACUAAGUAGUACUGAGAUCAACAUAUUUUCUGCAUAUCUUUGGCUCACAUGACUUGGAUGCUUAGGGCUUAAUACAUGUAUGCUUGAAAUCCAGAUAAUUGCACAACCAUUUACCAGUGGAUUUUAUCAUUGCAUGCAAGAUCAUUUAUAACAUAACUGAUCACGUCCACAUUUUGAUAGAAAGCCAUCUCCAAAUGUCUCAAAGUUUGAUCAAAUACACAUAUAUCAUGUGUUCCAGACCAGAUACAUCUCCCUGGGUUGUAUUUUAUUAAUGUUAUUUUAAAUAUCAAUAAUAUCAUUGUUCAUGUUUAUCUCAUUUUUUUGUUUUAUUUUGCUGUAUGUGCUUUACUUUGCUGUAUGAAUAUUAUUGCCAAUCAAUUUGACCCUCGAUUUCAUUUGAUAUAAAUCUACAUAAAUGAAUGCAAUCUUCUUAUUGAGUAAUAAGCUUUUUCAAAAUUUUUUUUAAUAAAAUGAUUAAUUAUUGAUAUCUAUUCAUGUUAGAUGUGGAAUAGACCUGCCAUUGACAGUAAAUAGAUGAAAGUUUACGGAACUAUUUUCAUGGAAUUGGAUAAUGGCAUGGAAAGUUGAGAUUUAUUUUAGUUUACCAAACUAAAACACUAUUAGCACAGUCACAUUGAUUUUCUUCUAUCUGAAUCCUACUCAUUUAAACAAAAGUUAAAAAAAAAACAAUAAUGAAGAACCUAUUGCUUAUACCAGGUCAUGGCAUCCUUAACAAAUCUUGACCUAUUUUCUACGCAAUUUCGUUUUGACAUUGAAAGUUGAAGCUGUUCUUGCUAAUCAUGCAUAUUAG